AUGCGUCAACGCUUAAAUUUACGACACUUUCAGCACCAUCUACGUGAUAACGAGGAGGCGCUGCUAUCGCGAAUGCGUUGGUCGGCAAUAGGAUCGAAAUCGAAUUUACUUCUCUACGCUGCAUAUAUUUCCACUUGUUUGGAAGAUCGAGCAUGGUCGUUUUGCAUAUCUCUAUGUAUGCAGCACCUCGGUGGAAUGAGAUUGGUUUCGAUUGAACAAUUUGCUGAAAGUAUCGGGCAGAUGUUUUUGAGCGGCCAUUUGGGACGGGUAUUUGAUCGAGUUACUAGAAAAGUUGCAAUUAUGUCGGUUAUUCCUGUAAAUAAUGUCACUAUUGUACUAAGUGCAGCUAUGUUUAUAAUUUGUUUAUCUGUACAAAAAGACUCUGUAUUAUUUGGAGUCGUUCUUGGCUUGGGUAUACUUAUGUGUGCUAUAAAUCGGCUAUUUCUCAAUGCAGAGAAAUUUCUUGUAUCCAGGGAUUGGGUAGUUGUGAUUAGCAGUGGCGAAACUCUCUCAGGUUUAAAUGCUACGUUGACUUCAUUGGAUCAGCUCGCAAACGUUAUUUCUCCUAUCGUUACCGGGGUAUUUGUUACUGUCUUCAGUCUUCGAGUCACAUGUGCAAUCUUUGGUGGACUUAGUUUAGUCUCUAUGCUGUCAAAGGCUUUCUUCCUUCGUGCCUUAUAUAUGAGACAUCCAGAACUGGCGAACAAGCAGAAUAAGGAGAAUGCAGGAAACAAUAACAAUGAUGAGAAAACACCAGCAUCUCUACCGCAAAAGAUUCUUAAUGCCUUAAAAGACAUUCCUGAUAUAUUACUGACGUACACGCGUCAGACAGUUGUUGCCGCAGCCUUCGGCAUGGCGUUGUUAUUUAUGACCGUCAUGGGAUUCGACGGUCUAGCAGUCGGAUACGGGGAGUCAUCUGGGUUGUCUGAUGCUGUAGUGGGUGCAUUCAGGUCAUACGGGUCAGUCAUGGGUAUCUUGGGAGCCAUGUCAUACGCGUGUUUCGAGCGUCGUUUUGGUGUGCGAAGCACUGGUUUACUUGGACUUACGUACUACUUCUGGCCCGGAGCGUUACCGUUACUUCAGUCAAACUCGGAAACUAGCACGAUCAGCCCCCAAGGAAGGAGAUAUGAUAGCAUUAUUACAUUCCUAGCUGGAAUAGCUUCAGCAAGAUUCGGUCUAUGGAUGGCUGACCUUUCCAUUAUCCAUAUCAUGCAAGAGGGAGUACCAGAGACCGAUAGAAAUACCGUAUUUGGCCUCCAUAACGCCCUAUGUCAAACAUUUUCUCUUCUCAAGGACAUCUUGGUCAUUAUCUUACCUGACCCUGCAACAUUCGGAAUUUGUAUAUUGAUAUCUUAUGGAUUUGUUACUACAGGAUAUCUAUCCUUCGUAUACUACCUUAUCAAGCACCCAGCAGACGAAACACAGAACGAAAAAGUAGCAGACAUAGAAAAGGAGCAAACACAAUUAUGA